CUAGCCGGGCCUCGCCCUCUGGCCACGGCCUGGCCCUCCAGCUUCCAGGCCAUGGCGACUGCAGGGGCUCCUUGGGCUCCCGGCUUGUGGCGGGCCUGCAACGCGCUCAUGGCAGCCUUCUUCGGCCUGGCCGCCGUGGUGCAGGUGAACGAUCCAGAUGCAGAGUUCUGGGUGGUGGUAUACACGAUCCCUGCAGUACUUACCCUGCUUGUUGGGGUUAAUCCUCUCGUCACAGGCAAUUUCAUCUGGAAGAGUGUGUCUACGCUACAUGUGCUGUUUUGUGUGCUGUGGGCUGGCGGCUUGGCAUACCACGUCUUGCUUCAUGCACAGCAGAACAUCCUAAACGAGGAAGAAGGCAGGGAGCUGUCUGGCCUGGUGAUCAUCACAGCAUGGAUGGCACUGUGUCACAGCUCAGCAAAGAAUCCAGUUGGUGGAAGAACGCACUUGGCUAUUGCCAUUGUGAUCACUCUUUUCCCACUCAUUUCAUGGGUCUAUGUAUACAUAAACAAGGAGAUGCGCUCCUCCUGGCCAACUCACUGCAAGACAGUCAUUUAGAUGAAUUCGAUGUUUAAAUUAGUAUUUUAAUAUUUUAUGCACACUAAUGUAUAAAUAAGCCAGGAAAGAGGAGUUUCCUGGUUUACUUCAAGAAAUCUGAGUGAAUAUUAGAGAUGAUUUAAGGUCUUGAAAAUUUAACAAGGUACCUACAGCAUGCUGGAAGAUUGUACAGGAUAGAUAAGAAGCGGGGUCUGAUUCUUCAGAGGCCUCUUCUUGGACAGCAGGGGAACAAGCAUUGAGCAGAAAUCUGAGUUUGAAUUCAGCUUUCGCACUAUGUAACGGAGGCUGAACCAUGAAUGUCCUGGUGGAUAUUUCCUCCUAAUAAAGUAGGAUGUCAGAGCUCCUUGGUCACCGCAACCAAACUGAUGUGAAGGCACUCUGAGAAGAUAGAGUGUGUGCGGAUUACAAAAGGUUGUAUGUGAUUGGAGUGAGAGAGGGGCAGAGGUUGGGUAAUAUGCUGACACAGAGGUAACUCAAGACUGCAAUUCCAAACUAAUCCAGUAAACUUACCUGGUUCAGUGACAUGAACCAAGGAAAGCUCUAGAACAGGUGAGCCAAAUGAUAGAUAGGCUUGUCUUGCAAUGAAAGUAGAAAAACAGUAGAAAUUAAAGAAAGUACAGAAAAGAGGAAUUUGGAAUACAGAAAAGAUGAAUAGGGAAUAUUAAUGAUAAUUUCUUAUACUCAGUGAAAAAUAAGAUGGAAAUCUAUACAUUUGUUUAAUGAAUAUUGAUAUGACCACACUGAGAGCACUAGAGGGCAACACCAUCCAACAGAACAUCCAACAUGUUGUUAUGGAGCACUUGACUUGUGGGCAGGGUAACCAAAGACGUAAAUUCUUAACUUUUGUACUUUCAGAAGCAGAUGCUCAAUUGCCAGAAAAAGUUAAAUGUGCUGGGAAUGACACGUGUGUGUGUGUGUGUGUGUGUGUGUGUGUGUGUGUGUGAUCUACAGGUGAAGUAUUUGUAAGAGUUUAGUGUCAGGUGGAUGCACUUCUGAACAAAACACAAUAGAGUUUAGAGACAUAAACACAGAAUGCGUUUUAUACUGAGUGUAUGCUGAAAAAAUAUUUUGAAAUAAAUUAGGCUAAAUAAAAUAUAUUGUAUUUACGUUUUAAAGUGUGA